GGGAGGCGUGCAAAUUUUGCUCCUCGAACCUCCCAUGAGUUGAAGCCGCGCUUGCGAUGGAUUCCACCGAGAACUUCAGGCGGCAUGGGUUUUUCUAUUUGGAGGAUGAAGCCAUCGGACAGAAAGUCGCCGAAGUGGACAGCCAGGGCUUGUCUACCAAUGUGGCAAGUUGGGAUUACUUCAAAUCCCUCGUGAUUGGAAACGAAAACUCUAGGAAAAUCCUCGAGCAGUUCCUCGAUCAAGAUAAUCCGCAGCGCUGCCAUACGUUUGGCCCAGAGCCGGGCCAGAUAUUUUGCUUUUGGCCACAACCACAUCUGCUUCACCGUUUGGUGGUUUCCAUGUGGAGCGUUGGCUCAGAAAUAGAAUUUUAUGAUGGCUCCCAUGUGGGCGACAUAGCGGUGGUCUUUUCUUCUAAUGGUUUGUUCGAAGCCUCGCCCCAUUCCAUUAAGAAGGCAGGGUACAAGCCCGUGUCGAUCCGGAUGGAGAAGGGAGGCAUGGUUAUAUUAGAUAUUCGAAUGCUGUUUGAACGGAAGGACGGAUUUACUAUUGCGUAUGGUAUGGAUAUCGCCACAGAAAUCAUGCCCAAGCAACGGUAGCCAAACUUCAACAACCUCUGCCGAAACUGGCCGACCUACAUUGCGAAAGAGGCGCAAAGCAUGCGGCAUCAUCGCUCAGUCUAAUACCACCGACCAAGUCCUGUCCAGCCCUCCUUCAUAGCCCGGCAAAGAACCUUCGUUAUGGGUAGGUUGUAGACUCCAAAGUGGAUCAGGAAACUGCAGCUGGGAUUGCCAAUCAGAAUCGAGCGAGGAGAAGAGCGGAGGGAAGUUGAAAGGUCGGAAGGUGGAAGAUGCUGCACUCUCCCUGUCGACGAUAUCAGACGGCUGAGUGGCGGGCCAAUUUGCGACCUGAUGAGCGUUGAGCUCGUUUGAUGCAACAUAGUCGGAUGGGGCCGGGCCAUUGUACGCCAAAGCCCCUGAGGUGGCAUGCGAGCGUCGCGUUUCGUGAAGCGCAUCUACUGGAGGCAGCUUGGGAGACAACAUAACGGAGGCGUCAUCUGUGCUACGUGGUUGCAGGGUCUUGGAUCUCUUUGUUUGAUCGGAGUGCGGAUGCAGCUUGUCGAAUUUUCGCUUCUUCGUCAACUCGCGCCUGGCUUGGUCGCGCAACGCAUCAACGCGGGUUUUGGUGUAGCUUGUUUGGUUUACCGGCCCAUCAUUCGCGCACUUGUGACCGAUAUAUUUGUGUGCUUGGGUGUAAGUGGUGGAGCAGAAUGGACAAAAUUCGUUGC